CACAAACUGUGAGGGAUUAUAGUGACAAGUAUAUCACAUUGAUACAUAAACAGAGGUUCUUGAUGAAUUCUAGGAUUGUCAUAUUUGAGUCCAAAUAUGAACGUCGUCUACAACGUUGUCAUUUUACUCGCGAUUUGCGUCUCCUCUUCAAAAUGCAGCGGAGGACAAUUUUUGAUAGAGACUCUAACAGCUGAAGAAAAUGGUUAUCCAGUUCAUUACUGUGAAUGGAAGGGUUCCAGAUUUUUACCGGGCACCAACUUUAAGGAUUACGAUAAAUGUGUACAAUGUAAAUGCAGCAAUAAAUACCUGUCAUGUAACUCAUUGCUUGAGACAAUAAUUCUAAAGCCCGAGGACGAUGAAUUAUCUGAGUGCAAACCUGUUAAGACUGGAUGUGAAGUCAAAUGGGUCUUAAAGACCAGCGUAACUAUCCAGUGUCCUGUCCACAAGAUUCCAAAGCACCAAGCUGUCAUUUGAUUGUUCUAUCUUACAACCAUACUUAUUCCAUACUAAUUCUAAUAAACUAAUGCUUAUUACACAAUAAAUUUUAAAUGAAAAUGA